AAUGGCCAGCCCCGGCUGCCAGCCGAUGGAGGAGCCCAGCCAGCCGCCGCGAGACUCCCCGCAGCCCGAACCCGCUUUCGCCGAAGCUCAGAAGUGGAUCGAGCUAGCUACGGGGAAAAACUUUGGAGACAAAGAUUUUCGGACUGGCCUUGAAAAUGGCGUACUGUUGUGUGAGUUGCUGAACACCAUAAAACCCGGACUGGUCAAAAAGAUCAAUAGAUUGCCUACUCCCAUUGCAGGCCUGGACAACAUUGCCUUGUUCCUACGAGGCUGCAAGGAACUGGGCCUUAAAGAAUCACAGCUUUUUGACCCGGGAGAUCUGCAGGAUGUAUCGAGCAGAGCAACAGCCAAGAAUCUUGAUGGUAGCAGGAAGCUGAAAAAUGUUUUAGUCACUCUGUACUGGCUGGGGAGAACUGCAAACAACAGCACUUCUUAUAACGGAGCAACGCUGAACCUGAAGGAGUUUGAGGGCUUGCUGACCCAGAUGAGAAAGGAGACUGAGGAUGCCGAGAGCCCCAAGCGCAGCAUCCGUGACAGCGGCUAUGUAGACUGUUGGGACACAGAACGGAGCGAUUCUCUUUCUCCCCCUCGCCAUGGUAGAGACGAUUCUUUCGACAGUCUGGAUUCCUUUGGCUCUCGCUCCCAGCAGACACCAUCACCAGAUGUGGUGCUGAGAGGAAGUAGUGAUGGGAGAGGAAGCGAUUCUGAAUCUGACUUGCCACAUCGAAAGAUUCCAGACAUGAAAAAAGACGAUAUGUCUGCCAGGCGGACUUCCUAUGGUGAACCCAAAUCAGUUGUGCCUUUUAACCAAUACCUCCCCAACAAGAGUAACCAGACUGCCUAUAUACCGGCUCCUCUGAGGAAGAAGAAAGCUGAACGUGAGGAGUAUAGGAAGAGCUGGAGCACAGCUACUUCUCCUAUAGGAGGAGAGAGACCUUUCAGCAAGAGCCAUCCGGAAACGAUAGAAGAAGAGCAAAGCGAAGCACCGGCACAGUCUGAAGAGGAGCGCUUGAGCAAUGAAGAUGUCCCUGUUCAGGCAGACGCAGGCCUAAGCGUGAGAGACUCUUUACCUUUGUCUCCUGCCCAUCUGGCAAACAAAACUGAGAGGCCUGGAAAUGCUGAGAAAGAUCCCCAAGAGCUCCGGAAGUUAAGACGGCUUGAACAAGCUGGUAUUAAGGUCAUGCCAGCGGCACAACGAUAUGGCAGCAGUCAAAACCACGUGUAUGAAACAGGUGACCAAACUCCAGACAUUAUUCUCCGCAAAGAAAACCCCUUUAUCUUGAGCUAUCAACGAAAGGACUCUGGCUCCGAAGAUGAACAAGAGGAGAGAAUUCCUGAUCUAGAGAAGGAUGAUUUUGCUAUACGGAGAGCAAAACUAAAUCAACCCAAACGUACAUUGCCUUUUAGCCAGUAUCCACUGGGACCCUAUGCAAAGAAAGAGCAAGGUAAACUGGAAGAAGGAAAGAAGCGGAAGAUGAAACAGGAACGCACAAGCGGGAACAAGGCUGUAUCCAAGCCAAUGGCGUUAUAUGAAGAGACACCUUGCGUGCAGACUUGGGUUGAUGAGCCUGGGGCAAAGGACCCCCCGAAAGAUGACAGUGGUCAAGGAGAGAGCCCAUCUGAAAAAAGAACUCAGGUUAACCCCUCUCAACUAGACUUGUCAAUUCUUACGAAAGGUUCCAUAACGCAAGCGGACCAAGAGACAUGGAACCGGCUGAAACUUUCAGGGAAGACCAGUGAUGAGGAACCGAUGGACAUGCAAGACACUUUUCUGUCCUCUGAAAUAGCAGCGAAAGCUGCCAUUCGUAAUGAUUUUGCAAGCUGCAAAGCGAGAACGUACAAGAAGGCCACUAGACCCAGGCAGAGGUUUGUGCAUUUUGGGCCAGUGACAGAAAUUGACCAUCAGAAGUCAGAGAAACUUUCCGUUGCUAGUCUGGCAACUAAAGAUGACCUGGAAGAGGCAGCCAAUAGGGAAGGAGCUGGGGCUCUUGAGAUCUCAUGGUCUGGGUGCCGUGUUGAGUCCAUUGGUGAUGAUGAAGCACACGGACCGCACGUUGAUGCCAGCAAAAUCACAUGGUCCAGUAAGGAUUCUCAGAAGCAAACCUCUAGCAGUCUGAACGAAUGGCACGAAAGCAGUGAUGAAGAGUUGGAUGGUAGCUUCCCAGAUAUUGAGAGAGAUGACAUGUUGGCUAGGAGACUCGGAACUUUUCAGAAAUGCGCCAGUCCCGUUCGCACAUCAUGUCCUCCCGUUUCAGUAGCUGGUUAUUCAUUGAAACCGAAAGGACACACUGCUUUUUGGAAGAGUUCGCACAAGUCAGAAAGAAGUUCCCCGUUGACUUGCAUAAAACAACCUUUCCAUGGAACACCUUCACCUGUACCUGUCAGUGCCUCUGUAACGCAUGCAGAUGGUCAUGAGAAAUCAAAAGUUCAUGAUGAGCACAAGAACGAUCCAAGAGAUGACAAAAUGGGAAUUAGAAAUCCUGAGAAAGAUGACAUGAUGGUGAGAAGAACCAUAGCUUUUUCCAAGCAGGCUGAACCAGAUGUUAGACGAUUCCUUCCGGUUCCUUUCUCAAAGCAGCAGAACGGUGAGGAGACAACCAAGCAGCUUGUACAGACUGAACAGAAAGUGAAGAGCGUUAUUAUGACCGACACAGUAGGCACUGAAGUGUAUCCAGAGAUUUGUGCAGAAAGCCCUCAAAGAGUUGAAUUGCAAUUGGAGUGCUCCCUGGAGCAAGACAGAAAGAGUCCCCCUAGUAUAAUAGGAGAAGAUGUACCUUCUGCUGCUUCUGAGGACACAUUUGAUCCCAAACUGCUCCAGCCAGGACAUUUGUCUUCUGAGACACAGGAAGCUCUUGAAAAAAACGGCAAAGAAUCUGUUUCACUUGAAGAUGAGCACACACAAAUAUUCGGCUCCAGAACUCCUGUGUCUGAUGACGCAGAAAGCGUGAGCAUGUUCGACAUGAGAUGCUCGGACGAGGCCGCCGUGAUGCAGCCGCACAGCAAAGCUCGCCACGAGAAGCUGCAGACCGUUCACCACCAGCUGAAAGAAGACGAGGAUCGAUGGCAAGACGACUUAGCUAGGUGGAAGAGUCGUCGGAGAAGCGCAUCACAGGAUUUGUUGAAGAAGGAAGCUGAGAGAAAGAAGAUGGAACGGUUACUGACCACAGGUGAUGGGGCCAGCGAGCGAAGGAAAAGCAUCAAGACUUACAAAGAGAUUGUGGAAGAGAAAGAGAGGCGAGAGCAAGAGCUGCACGAGGCAUACAAGAAUGCCAGGUCGCACGAAGAGGCGGAAAACAUCCUCCAACAAUAUAUCGAGAGAUUCACCAUUAGCGAAGCUGUGCUUGAACGCCUGGAGAUGCCAAAAAUUCUGGAGAGAAGCCAUUCAGCCCAGCCAAAUUCCACAUCCCCGCCCAAGGACCCAAACCCCCUGAAAUACUUACGGCAACAGUCGCUCCCCACCCCCAAAUACACUGCCAAGAUAGAGGCAACCAUUCUCCCCGCCAGCAAACCAGAAGCCAGCGUUUCACCGGGCUGCACCUCUCCAAGCAAACCUUUUGUCUCCAAGGCCGUGCCUAUGCUGACGCCCAAGCCUUACUCCCAGCCGAAAAACACACCGCAGGUUUUGAAAAGCUUUAAGAUAGAUGGAAAAGUCAGCAUGAACGGAGACACCUUCAAUGGAGUGGAAGAGGGAAAAGAGAAAGAAUACGGCGCGCUAUUAUUUGCCCCUUCCCCAAGUCGAUCGCCAAAGUCUGAUGGUGGGAUGGAAGUGGAUGGCGCUUUGGAGGUGAAGCCGGACUCUUCUAGCUCUGAGCUCAUUCUAAAGAGGCUCCUUGAGCACAGCCAGCUCAGAGAGCAAACCGGCUCCUUGUUUGAAGAAGCUAAAGAAACCAGCCAAAAAGACAAAGUGGGUUCAGAAGGAACAUCUCCAGUGGAAUUAUCUUCAGACCAUAAAGAGUUCAGCACAGCCAUUUCCUGUGCCAGCCCUAUAGUGACAACUGUGGAAUUCUCCUCCCUCAGUAAUCAUUCCAAGGAAAUGGGUUCAGUGGAUGAACUGAAGGAACCGGAGGCAGUGAAAAAAAAGGAUGCAGAAGCACCAGUUAUUCAUAAGGUAGUGCCCUUGGAAGCUCCUGAACAGGAUGGGAGCAUCGCGUAUCAGUCUCUGAACAAGACUCCGGAGAUGAGCCAGGUGGUUUUGCAGAAUUCCGCCCUGGAAGACAACACUGAAAGCAACGAGAAGUCAAGUCAUUUCGGUUGCUGGUCUUGGGAUCCUGAAGAAGAGCGGAGGCGACAGCAGCGAUGGCAGCAUGAACAGGAACGCUUACUUCAGGAAAGGUAUCAGAAAGAGCAGGACAAGCUGAAAGAAGAAUGGGAAAGAGCCCAAAAAGAAGUUGAAGAGGAGGAGCGCAAAUACUAUGAAGAGGAACGCAGGAUCAUUGAGGACACCGUGGUUCCAUUCAUGGUCACUUCAAACUCCACUGAACCCUUGUCCACAUCUUCUUCUCUGACUGAUGGAAAUGUGGCUGCGAACAUACUAGAUAUGAGCAACUCAGAAGAGAUAGAUAAGCAAAAGGAAGGGAGAACAUCAAAGAAAGUGUUUUCUGAACAGGAAGAUACGCCCUUUUCAAAAAACAAGGAGCAUGAAUCGUGGAAGGAAAGUAUAAGUGUAAAUAAAGUAGAAUGUCUAGAAGCAAAUAAUCAGAGAGGAAAUGAGCCAGAUAAUCCGACAUCCAUGCCAGAAUGCAAACCUCCAACAAGAAUGACUUUGCCAUUAUGUCAGGAAGUGCCAUGGACUCAGCAGUUAUUAACGAAACAGAACCAGCAUGUCUCAGACACAAGACAGAAGGCCUCACCCUUGGAGAACAAUUUAGGUCUGCCAGCCGAUUCCACAAAAGAAAUCAGGAGACCAGGUUGCCAAGAGAGCUUCCGGACUGGGCCACCAUCGCCAUGUUCUCUGACACUACAAAGCCAGUCACCCAACAGGUCUAUCAGCGGAAGAAAGCUCUGCUCUAGCUGUGGACAAGCUCUGGGGAAAGGAGCGGCCAUGAUUAUUGAAACCCUUGGCCUUUAUUUCCAUAUUCAGUGCUUCAGGUGUGGAAUUUGCAAGGGUCAGCUUGGAGACGCAGCCAGUGGCACAGAUGUCCGGAUUAGAAAUGGUCUUCUCAAUUGCAACGAUUGUUACAUCAGAUCCAGAACUGCUGGUCAGCCAACAACUUUGUGACAUGCAUCUCUUGCCUUGCUUACGAAAGUAUUCUGCAAGAAGGAAGGUCAUAUGACAGCGUUCCCACGCCUGCUUCUGGACAAUCACUUGUAAGAGCUUCUAUCUCCACAGACUACACGGCUCUCGUCUCAUCUUGAAAGGCUGGCAUAAAAGAUUACAUCAGCUCCUUUCCAAUGCAAUACCUGUUUUCCUUCCUUAAUCCACUUGCAUUAUGUGUAUGAGUUGCAUCUCCGGACACUUAGCUCCCUUUCUUCCCAUGAGAGCUUGCUCCAUAUUGUCAGUGAUGCGUGGUUUCAGAGUCUGCUCUUCUGGGGGGGGGUUUGGCAAGUAACAAGGAAAUAAAGAUGCAAAAUCUGCUCUGUUUUAAUACAACUAGGAACUGAGGAUUUUAAGUUUACACUACCUUUGUAGGUGUUCUGUAAUAUGCCAACGUAUUAAUCUAAUUAGGUGCAUUGGGGGGGAGGUUUGAAAUUAAGCAUCACAGAAAGUGACUUUUCUGUUUAUUAUUAAAGCGGUAACUUGUGUGUGUUUUUAUACAAAGACACUACUUUGAUAAACCAUACUGUAAUUCUCCGACGUUUUACUAUAUUACCUUCAGUGGAGGGUAGGAAUUCUAUGAAUAAAUUAUUGCUUUAAUCAA